AGCAGCAACUAUUAAGACAUGUUGGGAUAUAGCUAGCAAACAAGAAAAACUUUGGAUUCGAUGGGUACAUGCUUUCUAUAUUAAAGAUCAUAAUUUUUUAAAUGUCGUAGUUCCCCAGCAGGCCUCCUGGAUGAUAAGGCAAAUAUUGGAAGCUAGAGUUUCUUUAACUCAAAUCCACGUCAACACAACAGCAACACAAAGUAUUAUUAAGCAAAUUUAUUUGCAGUUGAUGGGAGAUAGGCCAAGGGUUGAAUGGAAAUGUGUAAUGUUCCACAAUGCAGUAAAACCAAAGGCUCGAUUCACCAUGUGGUUGCAACUCCAGAAUCGAUUAAUGACCAUGGAUAGACUAGACAAAUGGGGUAUGCAAGUGGACCUGCAAUGUGUACUUUGUUCCAAGCAUAAUGAGACUCGAGAUCAUUUGUUUUUGCACUGUGAGUAUUCCCUUUUCGUGUGGCAUAAGAUCAAGCACUGGCUGCAACUCAACAUGUUCAUAAACACUAACUGGGAACAACAUCUAAGGUGGGUGGUAGCAAGUUCCAAGGGCAAGACUCAAGCUGCCCAAAUCUUCAGAUUAGCUUAUGCUGAGACUAUUUAUGCACUAUGGAUUGAGAGGAACCAACGGGUAUUUGACAAGAAGACAAGACCAUGGAGUAUUGUUGCUAAGGAGAUAGCUUAUAUGUGUAAUGUUAGAGCCCCAGUAUGCAUUAGACAGUAUGUUUCCCAGCUUAUGUUUUAA